GUGCCCAUAUCCAAGAUGGCGGUCCCAACAGCUAGGAGCUGGUGACCGGCAGCGGGGCAAGCGGCAUGGGUUGGCCCUCCGAUUGUGGGGUCCUGGGGGCAUCUCGCCGAGUACCCCCUGGCCCGCCUACAAGGCCUUCCCCGGGCCAGAGCAAUGGCUGCCGAGAACAGCAAGCAGUUUUGGAAGAGGAGCGCCAAGCUGCCGGGGAGCAUCCAGCCUGUGUAAGGAGCACAGCACCCGUCUCUGGACCCUCGGCUCACCAAAAAGUAAGUCAAGAUGUUUUCUUUUCAUGCAGGUGAUACCUGCCUGAGGAACGCACUCCAUAAACAGCAGUCACUCCCUCUCCGACCUGUCAUCCCCCUGGUGGCCCGGAUCUCAGACCAGAACGCCUCUGGGGCACCGCCGAUGACUGUCCGGGAGAAAACCCGCCUAGAAAAAUUCCGUCAGCUUCUCUCCAGCCACAGCCCCGACUUAGAUGAACUGAGGAAGUGCAGCUGGCCCGGGGUUCCCAGGGAGGUCCGGCCUGUCUCCUGGAGGCUCCUGUCGGGCUAUCUCCCCGCCAACGCCGAGAGGAGGACGCCGACGCUGCAGCGGAAGCGGGAGGAGUAUUUCGGCUUCAUCGAGCAGUAUUACGACUCUCGGAACGAGGAGCAUCACCAGGACACGUACCGACAGAUCUUCGAAAGAAUUCUGUUUAUUUGGGCAUCCGACACCCUGCCAGUGGGUAUGUCCAGGGCAUUAAUGACCUGGUCACUCCGUUCUUUGUCGUCUUCCUCUCAGAAUAUGUGGGUGUCCAUCCGGUUACUGCCUCACCCCCGUCGGCCCCACCAGCGCUGCGCCUUUUUCUGUGACCGACGUGACUGCGUUCUGAUCCCGGCACUGGGUUUGUCAGCCCCGCCUGCUGCCCAGUGACACCAUGUGCAGUGCAGCGUGGGUUCCUCUGCCCUUCCUACGCACAGAAGCCUUUCGUGGCACGGCUGCACUCAGUUUCACCUCUGCCACGGACUUCUGAUUACCUUCUCCCAGACCUAGGAAGAUGGGGGGCACGCAUUUUUUAAAAAGUUUUAAUAAUGUUAAGUUUCAAACAUACGUAAAAGGAAAAUACAAUACUGUAAAUCCCCAUAUACUUACCAUCCAACUCAACAGCCAGUCGUUUCAUCUGUAUCUCUCUCCAUUUUCCAUUCCCCUCAGCUUUGUGAAUUACUUGGUCGCAAAUCUCAAUAUCAAGCAUCAUGUAAUUUCAUCCAUAAAUAUUUCCAUAGGUAUCUCUAGAAAACAAUGAUUAAAGAAACCCACAGCCAUAAUGCAAUUAUUACAUCUAAAAAGUAAUAAUAGCACCUUAAUGGAAUCUCAUAUACAAUAGUAUUCAAAUUUUCCUGAUUCUCAUAAAUGUGUUUAACAGCUAGAAUCAGGGUCUAAAAUCAAGUCCACACACUCUGACUGGUUGAUACGUGUCAUCAGUUCCCAUCCUUCUCUCUUGUCCUUAGAACUUUGCAGUGUUAGCCCUUGUUUUUCCAGUUUUCACCCUAAGGCUUUGCCGUACCAAGCUGUACUGUCACUCUGAUGUUUAAAGCCCUUUACCAUUUGCAAAGUACUCUGACAUACCUGGAUUCAUUUAGUAGACCCCGAUAUCUUUUUAAGGUAGAUGUAUCAACCCAUUUUCCAGGUGAGAAAUCUAAGGCUCAGAGAUUUAAUGAGCUUUCCAAUCUCAAACCCAGGUCUUUUGACCUUAAUACCUGUGAUCUUUAUAUGACUUGGUGGUAUCUAAUCUUAGACCCAUGUCCUUGGACCUCUAAUGGCUCUCUCUACUCCAUUUUCUGCUCCAAAGCAGGCAGUAUAAUUCUUAUUGCUCCUUGCCUUAAAAAAAAGAAAACUUGCAGAAUGACAUGGUCAUUAAACAAAUCAAAACAAUUUAGAAGUGUUAUUACCCUACCUCCACCUCCCACCACCAGAGGUAACUGGUUACCUCCCACCACCAGAGGUAACUACCACUAUCGACCUUUCGGUGUGUAUGCUUCCAGACCUUUUCCUGUGUGUGGAUGCACCUACAUAGAUUAUUUUUCUUUGUUAUGUUCAGAAAAAUGGGAUCAAACUAUCCAUACUUUCUAUAUCUUGCUUUUUUUCAUUGACAAAUACUGUGGCCAGCUUUCUAAGUCUGGACAUAUCGAUCUGCCUCAUCCUUUUCAGCAGUUAUAUUUAUUUCCAUAACAAAGCUCUACUAUAGUUUAUUUAAAAAUUCUUCUAUAGAAGGACAUUUAAAUCAUCUAUAAUUUUUAGCUGUUAUAAAUAGCAUUGUAAUGAAUAUCCUCGUACAUAUUUUCUUGUGCAUUUGGGUUAAAAUACAUAUUUCUCUGAAAGAGAGUCCCUAGAAGUGAAAUUGCUAGUCCUACCGGCAUGCCAAAUAGGUGCUACUAAAUUACACUCCAGAAGAGUUUGCACCAGUUUACACUCCAGCCUCUGAUGUUUGAGUGUGCUUCUCUUCACAUCCUUAGCAAAACUGGGCCUCUUAGUUAAACAGUUUACCAAUCUAGCAAAUAAACUACUGUUUUUGUUUCAAUUUUUAUUUCCACUUGCUCAUCAAUGAGGUUAUUUUAUGUAUUAGCAUUUGUUUCUUUUCUGAUCUGCUUAUUCAAACCCAUUUUUUCUAUUGGAUUUUUGGUCUUGUUGUUUAUAAGAGCUUUUUGCAGGUUAGAUAUAUUCAUUCUUUAUCUGGUGUAUAUUAAAAAUAUCUUCAACCAUAUGAAAUUGCUAAUUCAACCAUUUUUUACCUCCCUCACAGGAAUUUUAUAUGGUUCGACCUAAUACUUUUUUCUCCCAAAUCAUCAUUUAUCUCUUUAACUUUGUUUAUUGUGUUCCUUGUAUAGAACUUCCUGAUUUUUAUGUAGUCAAAUCUGUCCAUUUGACAGGUAUUUAAUGCACUCCUACUGCGUGGCAGGGAAUAAAGUGACUAAGAUGACGGACUUUGGCCCUGCCCUUGUGGCUCCUCCCACCUAGUGGGGGUGGUGGUGGCUCAGAAACAAGUAAUUAAGUCACUGCAAUGUGUGAGGGGGACACGAAGGAAAUAAUCUCCUCCUUUAUGGCGUUUGGAUCUGGUAUCUUGCUUAGGAAGCCUUUCCUUCCCCACCCCAAUAUUAUAAAAAAGACUCUCCCAUGUUUUCUUCUAAUACUCUUCUGGGUUUGGUUUUACAUUUAACUUUUUAAAUUUCAUUAGUAAUUUAUUUUCCUGUGUGUUAGGGGUUGAGAUUUACAGUUACUGUUUUAACUGGAUAGUUUUUCUUUCAACACCAUUUACAAAUAGUACAUCCUUUCUUCACUGAUGUGAAAUCCCUCUUCAUAAUAUAAAUUCCUUUACUUCCAUGGUUCUAGUUAUUUCUGUUCUAUUUAUCUCCAUUUCUAUGCAAGUAUUACAUGGCUUGGAUUUUUGAGCUUUAUAGUAUGUUUUAUUAUUAGUCCUGGACCAGUCACUUCCAUCACCCUUUCUAAAAACUUGUCUUGGCUCUUCUUCCAGAUGGACUUAGAGUCAACUUGCCAAAUUCAAGAGGUAGGAACCCUUUAGCAUUUUUAUUGGAGUUGCAGUAAAUUUAUAAAUUAAGUUUUUUGGGUUUUUUUUUAAUAGCAGCUUUAUUGAGAUGUAAUUAGUAUACUGUGCAAUUCACCCAUAUAAAAUGUACGAUUCAAUAGUUUUUAGUAUAUAGAGUUGUGUAAGCAUCUCCACAAUUUUAGAAUAUUUUUAUUACCCCAAAAGAACCCCUGUACCCUUUAGCCAUCAGCCCCAGGACCCCCAUCCCCUCUGCCACCAGGCAAUUGCUAAUCUACUUUAUGUCUCUUUGGAUUUGCCUUUUCUGGAUAUUUCAUAAAAAUGGAAUCAUAUUAUAUGUGGUCUUUUGUGUCUGGCUUCUUUCACUUAACAUAAUCUUUUUAUGUUUAGCUCACUUUUAUUAUCAGACUAUCUCUUCUAAACAUAAUCAUUACGCAACACUUCCAACAGGCGAAUCUAAGGGUAAGCCUUGACUGAGUCUUUAGAAGUUUGAGAUUCAGUAUUCUAGCACAUAAAGUUCAGCUUUUGGUAUCAUCCUCCACACAGAGCACAUGGUUUUUACUCUACUUUUUAAGGUAAAGACAGAUAAAUCCCAAAUGGCCUUGGCAUUUAGAACAAUGUUAAUGAUUUACCUGUUAAUUUACCCCUUCAGCUCUCUGAUUUCUUGCAUCCAAGUUGGAUACUCUGAUGAAUAACGGGCCACCUCAUAAAGAUGCAGAGUCUUCCAGAGCACACAGGGUGUGGCCGAAACAUCAGGAAUGGACAAUCACAAGUCUCAGUGCGGCUGGUUUAGCCGCCUCCCGAUGUCUCACCUCAGAAUGUCUGUGUACAGUUAGUACAUGGAGAACACCUGAGCCUCUGCUGUGGUUAUCAGGCUUUAUGGAGGGUUCACAACAGAAUAAUAAUAGCUACCAUGUAUUUAUUCACACAGGAAUGCUUACCAUGUGUGGGCGAAAGCCUUCUUAGUCAUUAUUUUAUUUAAUCCUCACAAUAAUCCUGUGAAGUAGGUACUAUCAUUAUCCCCAUUUUGUAAAUAAACAAACUGAGGAUUCGAGAGGUUAAAUAACUUACCCGAGGUCAGAUGACCAACAAGUUUGGGAGCCAUUAUUUAAAUACAAUUCGCUUAGCAUAUUUUUAAGUUUCAUCCACAUUGUAGCAAGUGUCAGUACUUCAUUCCGUUUUAAGGUCAAUAUUUCACUGAAUGGAUACACCACACUUUUUCUGCUCAUACGUUGAUUGUCAUAAAUUAAGUUUCAAAGAAACAAAUCAUACAGACUUCUCCCCAACCCCAAGGCCUUUCUUGAACAUAGAUGCAACAUUGUGUGUGACCUUCAAGAACAAGUCUCUUAUGUGAGUAACAACACUUCUUUCUCCUGCUUCUCUCAUGGCGUCGCGUCCUAACAGGGCAGCUGCUGGAAAAGGCGUUUUGCUAUGACCUUUCUGAUAGGACGCUCCCUCGUGCAGGAGGCCCCAGGUAUCCUUGCCCAUGGAACCUGCCAGGCGUUGCCCUCGGCAUCCUGGGCAGUCUCAGCGGGCAGACUCCCCCUCCGCCCCAUCUCACUGAGCUAUAACGUGGAAGACCUGCCUUCGUAAAGCUGUGGGAUCCUCAUGUCACUGGGCCACUGGCCUCUCUCCCACGUCCUUGUUCCUCUGUUCCCUGUCAUUUGUAUAAAUUCCUACCUGAGUUUGCCUUAUGCUUUGUGUUAUGUUUUUUAUAAAAUAGUUGAAAACAGGGAGAUGCAGUGAGUGCCCUCUGAGUUGACAGAGAAGUUUUCUAUGGCUAGUGCAGCCCCCACGCGGCUUCUGCUGCAGCCAGCUGCUCAUACAGGUGGGUCCGCUACGGUAAGCCAGCUGUCUGGGUCCAGGGGUGACAGUGUUAGAGGGUCACCCCUGGGGAGAUACAGUCUCUGGGCUGUGAUCCCUGGGACUGCAGAAUACCUCUAGUCUCUGAUCUCCCAAAACCUUUUGGGCUUAGACGAUACUAUUGAUCUAUUUAAGUGACACAUGGGGGGAGGAAAUCAUGGAGAAGAGUGAGGCUCGUGACAUGUCCUAUUUCAAAAGAAGAGUGGUGCCUGGUGAUUUCAGUACAAAUGAAACACUGAGUAUCAAACAACUGUCCCUCUUCUCGUCUACAUGAAGCAGUACAGUAGGGUUUUCGUUUCAGCUUCUAUUUAGAAGCACAUUGGCGCUGGAACUCAGAGGUAAGGGAAGGCUUUCCCCUUCCUCUGACCCAUGUAUCCAGUUCCCUGUGUGACAUUUCCGCUUUUCAUAGACAGUCAGGAUUGGCUGUAUGUGACAGGGAACCCCAAAUACCUUAAGUAUCUUAAGCAAGAAGAAAAGCUUAUUUCUCUCUCAUGAAAGGUCCAGAGAUAAUGAGUGCAGGGCUGUGUGCUGCUCCGGGAUAGCAGGGCCCAGACUCCUUCCUCCUGUUCCUCGGCCAUCCUCAGUGUGUGGUUUCCCUCUCAUGGUCCACAAUAGCUGUGUGCUCUGCCAUCACGUCUGUAUUCCAGCCAGUAUGAAGGAGGAAAGGGAGAAAGGCACACUCCUUCCGUUUAAGGACACUUCUGAAGUGCAUGAUGCUUGGGUUUGAAUCUCUGUCUGAACUCAGUCUUACAGUCAUAACUAUCUGCAAGUGAGGCUGGAAAACAUAGUCUGUAUCCUAAGUGGUCAGUCCCUUAGGGUCCUACCAGCAGGGACGAAGGGGCACAGUUAUGUGUGGACAGCUGGCAUCCUUGCCACCCUCAGGCUCCUGAGACUCGUGUUUGACUGACUCCUCCCCACGCACAGCCACCCUUUUCUCUCAGCAGCAUUUCCUGCCACGUAAGUCGGAAAUGCCGAGAAUUACUCAUGAGUCCUUUGUCUCACGCUUCCAUCCCCAAUCAGGUACAAAGUUCUGAUGAUUUCAUAUCCUAAACGUUCCGCAAAUUUGCUUCCCUCUGCAUUCGUCCUACGACUGUCCUAGGUCAGGCCUGGGUUCUGAAAUGGCAGGUGUGUGUUCCCAUCUCUGGUUCUGUCCCCUUCUAACCUAUCUUCACACCAUUUAAACACAGACUUGCCCGUGCUUCUCUGCUUACACCCGUCAGUAGCAUCUCAUCACCUACAGGUUCAAAUGUCCAGGUUCUCUGGCUUGUUGUGUGGUCUCCGCCCUGCCUCACCCCUGCACUCAGUGACCCAGAAUGGACGUUUUUCAUCGACAGCCUCGUCUGCUCCAUCUCUUUAUCCCCAGGCUGAUCCUUGUGCGUCCUUUAAGGCUCCCCUAAGCCAGGGCUUCCUCCCUGCCCCCCACCCCAGUCGUACUCUUACCAUGACCAUAUGCAUUUCUUCUGUGGCCCUUGUGUUUCCUUCCGCCCUCUGCCACCAGACUCUGUGAUUCUCUGAGGCCAGAGACUAUUUUACACAUCUUUAUAUUCCCAGCGCCUUCAUUUUUGGUGUCCAAAAUACACAUUCCACGCGUCUAGAUGAUAACUUGGCAAGAUAUCUAGGAAUUCGGCUUUGCUGGGCUUGGCCACUGGAGGGCAGUGAAGUACAGAGUUCUGACACUGCGCUGAGUUGGCCAAAGUUCUCUCUCAGAAGGGAAGGAGAUGGAGUGCCACCAGCUCAUCAGCGAGUAUUUACUGAGCCCGACGCUGAGCUGGGCUCUGCUCUAGGCACUGAGGGCGGCACCAUAAACAAAGUGACAAAAAUCUCUGCCUUUUCCUUCUAGUUACUUAUUCAAGGAAAACGAAAGGUAAUAGUCCUCCAAAGAUGUAUCAGGAUUUCCACAGCAACUGUAUUCCUACAGACAACAAUUGUAAACAACCCAAAUAUCUGUUAACAGGAAAACGGAUGUUCACACAAUGGAAUAGUAUCAGCCAUAAGAAAGGACAAAGUACUGAUUUGGCAACAACAUGGGAGAAACCACUUUAAAAACCAUUCUAUUGAACAAAAGAAGGCAAAUGUCAAACAAGUCUACAUUGGAUGAUCCCAUUUAAAUUGAGUUCAGAAAUAAUCUGUGUCAAUAGAAGUCAGUGGUUGGCUCUGACGGAGACGACUGGGAAGAGGCCUGGGGACGCUUUCUGGGGAGACGGAAGUGUUCUCUUUCUCCACUGGGGUGUUUUUACACAGAUACACGUGUGUCAAAGCCAGAUGGCUUUUACGUGUAGUCCACUGUGUGUAAAUUAUGUGUAAGAAGAAAUCCCUUUCCUACAGGUUAAAUUCUGAUGAGCAGAAACAGAUAAUAGAUAGAAAACAGGUAUUUGUACGAGGGUGCUAAGUGCUGUGGAGAAAAGUGAAGCAGGAAAGAUCAGAGAUGUGCCCCGUUGGCAAGAGUGGGAACAGGAACAGGAACAGGUUUUAAACGGGGCAGUGAAUCAGGGUCACGCUGAGGAGAGGAGUUUGAGCAGCGUCCUGAAGGAGGCGGCGGGCCAGCCGUGCAGUUAGUUUUCAGUUUUUGAUAGUUAACACUCCGAUUUUCAGAAAAAAGUCGUUGGAGGGCAAAGGUGAAACUGGCCAAACUUCCAUAGUAAUGGUGGGUUUUCAUUGUUGUCUUCAGAGGACAUUGCUUUUGAAAUGUAAACUUUACAUUGAAGUACAACUUACUCGUGCAUUUGUAUUUUUUAUUUUUUUAAAUUGGGGAACAUUGGGGAACAGUGUGUUUCUCCAGGGCCCAUCAGCUCC